AUGGUCAAUGGAAUCCAGAGAUUAAGAACAUACCAUUACUACUGGUGCCGGCAUUGUCAACGAAGUAUAAGAACCAGGACCACCAACCCAGCUGAAAUAUUGUGUCCUCGUUGUUUAGGACAAGUUGGUUACGAGCUCGACAUGUCAAGGCCGAGACUUGGCUUAGACACACGGCUGGAACCAUCCCCCGCGGCCAGGGUACUGGAUUCCUUGGCUCAAAUGUUCGAUCCAUCAAUCAGGCAACAGCAAAAUCUUGAUGACGGAAGUCAUGCAAGGCGCCAAGCUUAUGUGUUGCUUCAAUUUAUAGGCCCUGAUCCUCCAAGACCUGUUUCUCCUCAUGAAAAUAUGAACUCGAAUGAGCUCAUCCAACAACUGACUGAAAAUAACAUGUCUGCCGGGCCAUCUCCGGCCCCUGAUUCGGCAGUGGAGGCCCUGCCGGUGUUAGCACUGAAGGCCGACCAUUUGGCCAACGAUUCACAAUGUCCCAUUUGCAAGGAUGAAUUUGGGGUUGGAACAGAAGUGAGAGAACUGCCAUGCAAACAUUUUUAUCACUCCGAAUGCAUUCUGCCAUGGCUGCAAAGGCGCAAUAACUGUCCCGUUUGUCGAUUUGAAUUGCAAGGAUUAUCAAAUGAUAAUAGUAAUUUUUUUGAAGAAAAUUAUAAUGAGAGAAGUGGUGAUGAAACGGGGAGUAGUGAAAACUGGAGAUGGACUCGGUUUUUCUCUCUGAGGCGGCCUUUCGGAAUGGUGUUGAAUUGGGCCAAUCUUUGCAUCGAUUUUCUUGAUAAUACGAUUAGCACCGCAGUUCAGGGAGGUAAGAUACUACAAACCACCUCGUUUCAAAGAUUAAAAUGUUUUUAA